AUGACCACAGCUCCAGGGCUGCACAGCCACCUCCAGCUGCAGCCAAGCUCUACCAAGCCGAUCUUGCUGAUGCGGGCGGAUUGCUUCUGCCUGAACCCUUCUGCAAGUGAUAUCAUGUUAGCUGUGCACGGUCCAGGGGCUCAAAAUUGGCCCUGGGGAACCAUGGAAGGAAGAGGAUCAGGCUGCUCUGUUUUCUGCUUUGGAAACAUCAGUAUGAAGGGUGCCGAAGUGCUGGGAUGA